GUUUACCCCAGCACGUCGUUUGCUAACGCUUUUCAAUACAGUUGCUGAAAUCAAAAUGGCGAAUCAAAGAAGUUGUUCGCAUUGCAUUGCGUUGUAGUGGUCGGGUUUUGUGUAAAUAUUUGCGUGUUUGUGUGAAUGUCUGAGUGACGGUGUUAUGAAUCGUGUUAUGAAGGUGCUGUGGCCUAGUACACCCAGCGUCAAUUUAUAUGCUGUAUGAUGCAAUGGGCUCAUUAAGAUGGGACAUAGUGGACUUAUCUGGAAGGCUUUGUCAAGAACGUCUGUAUGUGGCUGCAGAACAACAUCACCUGCAGGCAUUGAAUGAAGAUGUUACAUGUGAAACAUCCAGUUUGGCCCAGCUGGCCUGGGUGACAGCGCAGCAGAGAUAUAACCUGAACAGGCUUAUUGUGUCACGACCAGACUGUACUCCUGCAGUUUGCUGUCAAAAGGCAAACACAUUUGAACAUACAUCAUUUAUAGAUGGUUACAAAGCUCUGGGGUUUCAGGGAUGUCUGGCUUACGGACAGUUUCUGCAGAGAAUUCGCAACUCUCCACAACUUCUAGCAGGAUGUCUUGUGGUUGGCGACAAAUUGCUUCCUCCAGAUACCAUGGCUGGUGUUGUCCACUCUGUGGCAACUGGUCUUUUGGGUAGCUGCAUAUUACCUGAAGAUACUCACCUAGCUUUGACACUUCUUCGUCAUCUAACAGAGCUGCAGCUGGUACCUUCAGACAAUCCUCGAAGGCUUCUAAGACAGAAAUCAUCCUCAUUUGCGCGCCUUUAUGGAGAAUUUCAUGAAGGUCUCUUCUCAGCAAAGUUAUUUUUAACAGCUGCACUACAUCAACCAAUAAUGCAGCUGCUGAUGGAGGAUGGAAUGUAUUUGGAUAUAGAUCCUGAUAAAGCAACAAUAAGAUUUCCUCCAGAGGAAAGGCUAAAGAAAUUUGGUGUUGAAGGGACAACUGAGUACAAUACCAGACUUAGUGAGUACCGUAACUGGACAAAUAAACGACUAUUUGCUGCCACAAAUAGAUUUGUGAAGAGUAUAUCAAAAAAUAUGCAUUGUUUUCCCUUUGGAAUUUUGUGGCUAGUUCGCCAAAUUGCGGCAUUACUUUCAAAAUCUGGGAAUAUUGAACCAAAGGAGGUUUACGCAAUAUGUACAGAUCUUGUAUUCACAUACUUCAUAUGUCCUGCAAUUGUCCAUCCAGAACCGUAUGGUAUCACAGAUGCUCCAAUAAGCUACAUAGCAAGAUUUAAUUUGAUGCAAGUAGGCCAGAUUGUGCAGACUCUGGCAAUGAUGAAAUAUGAAGAUGUUAGUAGCAAAGUUGCAGAUCUCUACAGUCUUUUUGAGAAAGAUUGUGUGUCAUCUUUGCUGGACAUAAUUUUGGAGGGCAGUGCCAACAGUGUGGAUGAUGGGCAAGGGAUGGAUCAGAAUACCAGCUUCAAUGGACUCUCUCGCCAUGCAGCACUCUUCAUGGAAAACGAAUUGCAAACAAUGGUUACAUUUUUACAAACAGUGUUGUUGGAAUUACCAGAAGAUGCAGCAGCUAUUGUCGACAAAGAACAGUUACAAGAACUCUUGAGGCAGCUGCCAUCUAAUACUGCUGCAAACAUUGGCAAUGUCUCAGUACCACCUGUUGCUGCGAAGGUCAACCAGCAUCGCACACCACCAGAAACACCCAGCAAAAGAUCAGCCUUACUGAGUAAAGUAUCAAGAUCAAGAAAUCCAUCUGGGGCCAUUGGAAGAAAUGGGAACGAAGAUGGUUCAGUAGAAGAUGGAGAUGAUUGUGGUCCAGAUGUUCUUGUUAUUCCAUUCUCCCCAGAAGUUGGUGAGAAUAUCGGACUUGCAUCAGAACAGAAGGUGCUGUGCCUUGAGGAUCAACAACAUUGCACGGAAACUGGUGCGCAUGGAAAUAUCACAGAUGCUGGAGGUCCUAUAGGAAACAUUGUAGAUAGAGUGGAAAGUCAAGAGAAGCGCACCCGUUUCUCCUUGCUACAUGAUGAAGGCUCAAUUGGUAACACAAGUGAUAAUCUUGAAGCCGUGUCAGAAGCUGCUUCCAAUCAUAGUGUUGCUUCAUCACUGGAGUUGGAAAACGAAGAUCAGAAUGAUAACUUAUCAGAUAUGGUAUCUGCAAAUGUAUCUGGUCGAGGAACACCUAAUAUAUCAGGUAGAGAUACACCAUCCUCACAAAUUACAGAAGGUGAAGAUGGUGCCGCAGGUGCAAUGAGGAGCGUCAGUGGGGAGCAACGGCAGUCCUUAGAUUUUUCUGCAGAAGCUGCAAGCAAACAAAGUCGCACAGAUAUAGAUGACAAAUUUGGAAAGUUUGAAAUCAAAAAACUUCUUGAAGGUGAUGAAACUGUGUCAAUGGUCAGUGACACUUGGAGUACAGAUGUUCUUGCAAGUGAUAGUGAAACCAUAGAGCAAUCAUCAGAACGUAACUUUCCUACAAGUGCCCAAGAAACAGCGUUAAAUCAAUUGGCAGAAGCUGCAGUGCUUUUAGAUAUCUCUGAAACAGCAUCGGAAGCAUGGAGCACAGAUGUAAUGGCAUCAGACUCUGAACGCAUGACAGAAGUUGAUACUGACGACACAGCAAGUGUAGCACGAUCAGAUGACACUGCUCGCUCGGAAGUUGACUUGGAUGCUCGUGGUGAAACAGAUGUAGGAGAGGAAACACCACCAUCUAGUGCACGUGUUUUGAACUCUGCCUUCCGACCAGUAAGAGAGGAAGCCAGUGGGCGUAUAGCAGGUUUGUCUGUCCCAGUCUCGCCUACAAGGACAGACACACUUGUUCACCCGAGUUGGAAUGUAACUGGUAGAGGUGGAGGAAAAGCUGACUACCGGCGUCGCACAAUGGAAUAUGUUGACAAUAAUGCAAAUAAUAUACUCCUUCGGAGAAAUCCAGCAGGUGUUCCAGUCACCUCUGGAGAAACAUGCUUGAUACAUGUAAUAGACAAGAUAGAUAAACCAGUAGAUGGAAAGAACUUGGUGUCACCAGGUACACAGAAUAUUGUCAACAUUCCAAGCCCUGUAGUUAUGGCAUCACCGCCCUUGAACCAGAAUGGUCCAGUUCCUGUAGUUCAGUAUAAUGGAGUAUGUGCGGCAUCACCGGCAAUAGAUGACAAUUUUGCUCAGACUGCAGCAGCACAAACUGCCAUCCAUGAACAAGCAUCAACUCAACUUGCUGGGAACACACCUGCAGAUCUUGAAUUAAAACAAGAGUUGCUACCUGAGGAUGAGGGUGACCAGGAUAGUGUGGGUGAAGCAAUGUUAAACCUUGUGCGACUUAGUUCAGCUAGUUUGGCAUCUUCAAGUAGCAGUGCCAGCAGCUCCGAUCACCGCCCCAAAACGGUUACUCCAACACCAGAUUUGCUACUUGCCCCCAGUGCACUAAUGAUCAACAAUCAAGCUACUGUGACUGAUGGAGCCUCUGUACCUCCUCCUCCCAGUAAACCUAUCUCACAUCCAACAACUUCUACAGGUGCCAUUCCCAAAAGCAUUAGUUUUGAUAAAACAGCUGAACGUGGUGACAAGGAUGCACUAGAUGAAGACUCAAAACACAAGAGAGGAUUCUUCCGAAACUUCAAGCUACCUUUCAAAAGCAGACGUGUCAAAUCUCUCAGGGGAACAGAUGACCUAGGAACUCGCUAUGAAUCGAGUCUGAAUGCCACUGAAACUGAUGGUUCAUCACAUCGACUGCGAAGAGGACUUUCUGAAGAAGCUCGGCCACUACACUCUGAUGCUACAGAAGAUAUCCUAGCAAAGUAUCGCCGUAAGCCAAAUGUCGCUGGGAAUGCAGCUUCAGCUGAGCAGAUUAGUGAUUCAACUGUUCCUUUAAAGCACAAGGAAUCCUCAGAUGAACGUCUCAACAUAGAUCCAAACAACAUUGAAGCUUCUUAUGCAUUUACUGACGCAAAAAGGAAACUGAGGAUAGUACUCAGUACAGCUGAUGUCCAGCAUGUAUCUUGGUCACCAGAAAAGCUGACAGCUCUUAGGCAGUCAUCAAUUCAGAAAGAAAAUGAACUUGUAUCAUUCCUGCAAUUACAGUUGGCUGAAGCUAUAAAUCUGCAGGAUCGUUCUCGUAUUUCUCACCUUCAUGAAACAUUAAGAUGUAUUAAACUUUUUGAUGAAGAAGGGUGCCGCAGAUUGUUUAGAUCUCUUCGGGAAGAUUACCGCAAGCGUUCGCCGUAUAUUGCAUACCUAAUAAAAUGUCGGCAGAGUCUACUGUCAACACUGACACAUGUUCGGAGGCUGAGGGGACGCAUCCAGUGUGAUAAAGAAGUUUGCAGCAGGUUCCUUGUAUCUGUUAUUGUUCAGAUGUUCCUGGAAAGACGUGAACAACUUUUGCUCAGAUUUCAGAAUGAGUUUCAACAGUUGACACUAGCUGAUGAAAAGACUGACUUGCUUGAUAAUUUUUUGCAAGCCCUGUUCAUUGAAAUGGAACAAGACCCAAUGUGGCAAGCUGCUAGUAGUGCUCAAAUAAGUCAAGCUCAUACCGCCAUUGAGAGGGCAGUGAUAAGUCGCGUGUACCUCCAAGCAAUAUACCCAAAUGGUGAUGGCGACAUCUCAAGAGAUCAAGUUCUCCAUGAACAUAUGAAAAAAUUAUCCAUUGUAAUCACCCCUGACCACAAGGAUUUAAGAGUGCCUAAGAUGUUCCAUUACGAAUGUCCGUGGCCAUCAGCUCAAGCUGAAAUUGCAGGAAUAUCUGCAUACAAGACACCAAGAGACAAAUUGUUGUGUGUCUUUCGUUGUGCAACAACUAUAAUGAAUUUAUUGGCACUGGCAAGUGAUAAUGGUGUUCCCUCUGCAGAUGACUUCAUCCCUGUCCUUGUGUAUGUCUUAAUAAAGGCAAAUCCGCCAUCACUUCUGUCAACUAUACAGUAUGUUGACAGUUUUUAUGGAAAUAGACUUGAAGGUGAAGAGCAGUACUGGUGGAUACAAUUUUGCUCUGCAAUUGAAUUCAUAAAAACAAUGGAUUAUAAUGUCUAAAUUUUU